AUGACCGACGAAACUGCGCCCGAGGUAUACCCGCAGUACUGUUUCCACCUGUCGCCGACCAUCAAUCGCUGGUGCCAUCUUCAGAACACCGACAUCCUGGCACUCAAGAACCACCGAGGAUUUGAGGGCCAGGAUGUCUACUUCCAUCUCAACCACCCGAUAAAAUGGGUGCGCAUCUGCGGCGUCGUGGUCGCUGUCGACGAACGCGAGACGAGGCGCUUCUACAUGAUCGACGAUGGCAGUGGGGCAACGCUUGAAUGCGUCGUGAAGGUUGCGCCUCCUGCCGCACUGGGGACGGGCGCGGCUGGAAUGAACUCAAAAUCCGAUGGGGACUCAAACACAGCCCCGGUGGCCGACGGGCCCAUUGACGUAGGACAUGUCUUGGAUAUCAAAGGCAGCGUCACCACCUUUCGCACAAAUAGGCAAGUCCGCGCCGAGAAGAUCGUCCACCUGCGGUCGACCGAACAAGAGGUGGUCUUCUGGGAGAAGGUCGUGCAGCUGCGGAGGGACGUGCUGUCUAAGCCAUGGGUCUUAGAUCGGAGGGAGGUGAUGAAAUGCAGGAAGGAAGAGGAAGGAAGGUCUACAAGCCAUCGCCGUAAGGAACCCGGGGAGAGACACAGCAGGAAGCAGGCGGACAAAGCUGGACUCAGGAAGACGAGGGUACGUGACGAAUGCGAGGAGAAUGCGCGGCGUGGAGGGCCGGAGAGCAAGGCGGAACCGGCGAAGCGGCCUAAGAAAACGACUGGGAUGGAGAGCAGGAAGACAAGAGCACAUGACGAAGGCGAGGAAAGCUCGCGCCUCGAAGGCCACGGGAGCAAGAGCAUGCAUGAGAGCAAACCGGAACCGGAGAAGCGGCCGAGGAGAGUGACCAGGCUGGAGAGCAGGAAGACGAGAGCACACGCCGAGGGGGGGGAGAACUCGCGCCUUGGAGGGCCUGAGAGCAAGCCGCAACCCGUAAAGCGGCCGAGGAAAGUGACUGGGAUGGAGAGGAAGACUCCGGCUAAGCCCGUCAUGCGGCUAAUUCCAGUGACGGGCAACUACGACGCUCUGGGUUUAUGA